AUGCGUUACUCAUUCACCAUCGCCGCUCUGAGCCUUCUUUCGUCGGCUUUUGCGAUUUCUGUUACCACUCCAUCUUCAAGCACGGAAUGGGAUUUCUCCACUCCCAAGACCAUCAAGUUUACGAGUGACUCGAGCGACCCUUCCGUGGUCAGCAUCAUCCUCAAGAGCAAGGAUGGUUCUUUCCAGACCAAGUUGGCGGACAACGUCAAGACUUCUGAGGGUGAAUACACCACUCAGCCUAACCCUAGUAUUUCCAACGGAGAUGACUACGAGAUCCAGAUAAUUGACUCUGGCGGUCAGCUUGCUGUCAGUGACACUUUCACUGUCGAGAAGGGUGCGUCGAAUGAUGGUACUGAAUCCUCUACUUCUUCCACCUCUUCUUUUACCACCACCACUUCUUCUUCCUCGUCCUCCUCUUCCUCCUCCAGUACCUCUUCUUCCGCGACACCCACUGUGACCACUACUACAUCGGUUACUUCCACGGUGACAUCUUCGACAUCGGCAGAGUCCACGUCGUCGACUAGCCCUUCAUCUUCCUCAGGCAUGACGCAGCUCCGCACAGCUUUCAAAAGAAUUUGUACUGACUUAGCAUUCUUCAUUACAGGCUCAACCACCUCGUCCUCUACCUCGUCUUCCACAACUGCGACUUCCAGUUCCUCCGACAGCUCCUCCGCCAGUGCCUCCGCCUCCGCUGAGCCGUCAACUGAUGCUGCGGUGUCUCAGUUCAACACCCCGAAGGGAGCUUUGGCUCUCUUUGGUGCCGCCGUCGCGCUUUUCAACUUCUGA